CUUUCAUGUCUUAGCUCAGGCUUGCGGAGAAGAAAACUGGACUUAACUUUUGAAAUUACAGAUGCACAACAGUAUACAGCCGAGCAUUGAUUGAUAGUUACGGCUAAAUUAGGGACCCUUUUGCCACCCGGCCUAAUAAAACUUGGGAGUCCUCGGACUCGAUUUUGCACAUUUGUGCUGGGAACAGUUUUGUGAUUUUUCAUCAGCUGACCGGUUCAGAUUAAGCUGUUUUAAUGCAAAAAAAAUAAUUCAUACUUUAAUGGAAGAAAAUCACAUAGGAAGUCGGCAUUAAAUGUUGACAUUCGCCAAUAGAGUUUCGUCGAAAAUCUCAACAAAAUUCACACUCCUUUUGAGACUAGUAAACAAACUAUGACUUAAUGACAGGACUCUUUUUAAAACCUAUUGUGUACUGGUUUGGGGACUCACACCGAGCUCAGGGGGCUCUUUACAAGUUGGACUUCGGACACUUCUCAUCGUGCUGUGCAGAUGUCACUUUUGAUUGAACUGCGAUAGCUGUGAACACGUUCAGUUUCAGAAAAUAAACCGUGAAAUCCAACCUCAGAAGAUGUCGACCAGGAAACCGCUUGCCACUGGCCAGUCUCGCUCCGAGCAGCCCCACAUCGGCUGCUACAGACUCCUGAAAACCCUCGGCAAAGGCAACUUCGCCAAGGUCAAACUGGCCAAGCACGUCCUCACUGACAAAGAGGUGGCGGUGAAAAUCAUAGACAAGGCUCAGCUCAACUCCUCCAGUCUUCAAAAGCUAUUUCGGGAAGUGAGGAUCAUGAAGCUCUUGAAUCACCCAAAUAUUGUGAAGUUGUUUGAAGUCAUUGAGACAGAAAAGUCACUCUACUUGGUGAUGGAAUAUGCCAGCGGAGGUGAGGUGUUUGAUUACCUCGUAGCCCACGGCAGAAUGAAAGAGAAAGAGGCUCGAGCCAAAUUCAGACAGAUUGUAUCAGCGGUGCAGUACUGUCACCAGAAGUGCAUUGUCCACAGAGACCUCAAGGCAGAGAACCUGCUCCUGGAUGCAGAUAUGAACAUUAAAAUUGCCGAUUUCGGCUUCAGUAACGAGUUCACACUGGGCAACAAGCUGGAUACUUUUUGUGGCAGCCCUCCUUAUGCUGCCCCCGAGCUCUUUCAGGGAAAGAAGUAUGACGGGCCGGAGGUGGAUGUCUGGAGCCUUGGGGUCAUACUAUACACACUGGUCAGCGGUUCUUUGCCAUUCGAUGGACAGAAUCUAAAGGAGUUGCGAGAACGGGUUUUAAGGGGCAAGUACAGGGUUCCCUUCUAUAUGUCAACCGACUGUGAGAACUUGUUGAAGAAAUUACUCAUACUCAACCCAACCAAGAGAGGGAGCCUUGAGCAGCAGAUCAUGAAGGACCGCUGGAUGAACAUGGGCAAUGAGGACGACGAGUUGAAGCCCUACAUUGAACCCCAACCCGACUACAAGGACCCUAAGAGGACAGGUCAGCACCCCAGCAGUUCAGGGGAUUGGAAGAUAGAUAUUAUGCUACGGAUGGGAUACUCUCUAGAUGAGAUACAAGACUCCCUGAUCAACCAAAAAUACAAUGAUGUCAUGGCAACUUACUUAUUACUGGACUAUAGGAACUCAGAGAUGGAUGAACUAUCAAUAAAAGCCCGCCUAGCCACUGACCUCACAAACAACACCCAAGCAUCUCCUCAUAAGGGACAACGCAAUACCUCCAACCCAAAGUCCCGCAGAUCCACAGACCAAAGCUCCUCGGUUUCCACCAAGCGUCCUCAGGGCGAAAGCAAGCACAUCGGUGGUUCAUGCAGCUCCAGUAAAGUCCCUCCCAGCCCGCUGAUCUCCGGAGACCAUAAGAAAACUCCUACCCCUUCCACUAACAGCAUCCUGUCCUCAGGCACCAGCCGCAGCAGGAACUCGCCAAUCACUGAGAGGGCCACUCUGGGAGUACAGAAUGGCAAGGACAGUACGGCCAACCAGAAAGCACCAGUGGUGUCCCCCUCAGCUCAGAACAUAAACAUUUCCUCAAUGGCUGACCGUACCAACUUCUCCAGAGGGGUGACUAGCAGAAGCACUUUCCACGCCGGCCAGCAGAGAGCCACACGAGACCAGCAAGCCUCAGCGUACAAUGACCCCUCAGCCUCCCCCUCGCUUUCCCAUGGCAACAGCCAGGUGCGCCGUCCUGGGACAGGCAUCUUCAGCAAGUUUACUUCCAAAUUUGUACGCAGAAAUCUCUCAUUCAGAUUUCCCAGAAGGAGUCCGUAUGAGGGAGAGGGUCGAGAUGAGGCCAGCAGACCCAUGUUGAGCACAGCAGACAAGAUGGAGAAAGGUACCCAUGGACUGUCUGGUGAUGAAAACAAGGACUCCUUUUCUUCCUCUUCUCCAGCGUCCAGCACACCUUCAUCCACCCAGGCCUCCAAGGACACCAAACCACGCUCCCUCCGCUUCACCUGGAGCAUGAAGACCACUUCCUCCAUGGAACCCAACGAAAUGAUGAAGGAGAUCCGGAAAGUUCUGGACUCCAACAGUUGCGAUUACGAGUUGCGUGAGCGCUUCAUGCUCCUCUGUGUUUCGGGUGACCCCACGCAUGACGACUUUGUCCAAUGGGAGAUGGAAGUGUGCAAGCUACCCCGCCUCUCGCUCAAUGGGGUGCGCUUCAAGAGGAUCUCCGGAACCUCCAUUGCCUUUAAGAACAUCGCCUCGAAGAUCGCCAACGAGCUAAAACUGUGAGAAAGAGGAUGGUUUCUGUGGAAAAGAUCUUGAGGAACGGUUGGAUCCCAUGUGUUGGGAAUGAGGAGGCACUGUAAGGAAAAUCAUUGGAGAUGUGAGCUGUACGGCAGCAAUGAAGAGUCUGGAGGCUGUAAUGGGGGAAAAGGUGUAAGACAGGUUCAUGGGGGACAUUUGUGCAUAUUUCAGGGGGGUUAUUUUUUGGGGGAGGUGUUCUGUCUUGGUUUGGGUUUUCUGUUCCUUACUCACCCCCUCGAAUGCUUUGUGUUGUCAACUUUAUUUGUGAUAAUUUUGUUCAAUUGUUGUGGUUUUUCUUGGACCUCACAAUUGUCCUCGAUUCAGAAAAAGUGAGAAGACAUUGGUUUUCAUAAACUGGAAUUGUUUGCCAGUAAUUUUUUUUUCUACAAACAGAAACCAGCUACUGUCAUGGACAGCUAACUCUCCCCCUAUAUCCUGGUCCUUAUUCCUUGUUCAUCCCCAAACACAAACAAUGAUAAACCACAGCAUUACUUGAUCUUACUUCCAAUUCCAGGUUAGCUGUGAUGAGCAGAGAUGGAGAGAUUGGCGGUUGACGCUCUGAAUGUACAACACAAUAUCGAGACCCAAAUGGCUAGUCACAUUCAUUAGAGCCAUCAUUUGAAUUUUCAUAUCCUCUCAUCAUGCUCUGAUUGGUUCUGAUCUAGCCAAUGAAAUGGUAGCUAUUCCGUAACCUCUGCCCCAUUUCUACAUCACAGUACAGUGUCUUAUUUGAGCUGAAAUGGAAGUGUUGACUUGAACCCUUGGUGCACUGGAGGUGAAUCACCUCUUAGCACUCUGUGCCCAGACAAUUAGUUUUUUGUUGUUUUUUUUCCCUCUACUGCAGGAGUUAUAUAUCUGAAACUAAUUAAGGGCCAAUUAAGUAAUUAUUGGUGGAUUGUAGUGCAAUUAAGAAUUGUUGGUUGGAUCCAAUCUGCUGCACUGGAAUGAGUCUGUUUCGUUGCCUUUCUCUGGAGAAGAUAAUUAUUAAUAUUAUUAUAUGAAUAAACCAGACAUUGGAUGA